AUGGCGGCGGGGAUCGUUGCCGCCGGGGCCGCCGCGCUGGCUUACUACGCCUACAGGAGGAGGCAGGGCGGGGGCAUCUACCGCCGGGUGGAGACGCACACGGACGUGGAGCACGCGCCCAGCAACUGGACCGGCGAGCUGUACCUCUUCGCCGAGGGAGUCAGAUAUAUCUGGGUGGAGAUAGUUGGCCGCUGGCCAACGGCGGACCUGUUCAUUGGGAUAUUCUACCUUUUCCGUCAGGGCAUAAGGGACUUCCCAGCAAGGGAGGUGGUGGCAAACGGAGAAAGGGUGGACCCCGCUGAGCUGCCGGUCACAGCACUGCAGAACCUUAAGGACCAAUUGUGUGAGGCCCACCGUCUUUUGCAGUAUGGUCAGAAUCUGAAGCAUGCUUCCUUGACGGUGUCAGAGGAGGUGUGGGCGAAUAUGGGAAUCGGCGCUCAUGAUUUCAUAAUUUAUCGCCCAAGAGCUGCUGUGCUCCGACCAGCAUUUGUGCUGGUGUGGGACCAUGAGCUUCACCUGUUGGUGCUGGCCAUAAGGGGCACCAGUUCGGUCAAGGACAUCUUCACAUCUUUGUCAGGGGUAACAAAACCACAUCACGUUGUUGAUCAAGAUGGUGUGGUGUUGGGCUAUUCGCAUUUUGGCAUGCUGGCAUCUGCCAGGUGGAUACUGAAGGAAGCAAGUCCUGCCAUCAAGAAUGCAAUGCAGGAGCAUCCAUCCUGUGGCCUCAGAAUCACAGGGCAUUCUAUGGGAGGCGGAACAGCAGCAAUGCUGACCAUGAUGAUACGUGAACAUCACCCAGAAUUUGGCGAUGUGCAGUGCACGGCAUUUGCCUGCCCCAGCUGCUUGACUCUGGAUCUUGCGCAGUCGUGCAAGUCGUAUGUGACCAGUUACAUCUAUGGAACCGAUUUCGUGCCAACACUGAGCGCAGGGUCUCUUGAUCAGCUUAAGGAAGAAGUAGCCGAGUCAUCUUGGGGCAGCGCAAUGCGUCAGGACAUGCGAUCUUAUUCGGUGGUGAAGGCAGUGGAAGGGAGCAUCAAAGGCGUCGUCCGAUCAGCGAGCACAUGGACCAGUCGCUCUUUGGAGUCAGCCUCCUGGGGGAUCCGUGCAUGUUAUGCUGCUCGGUGCACUGCGCCAAGGCGAGGCGCAGCCCAGGCACGUGAACAGAAGCAAGGGGCCCAAGCUUUAGCAUGCGAACCCAAAUCUGGGGAAGACCUGCCUGGCAGCAGCAGUAGCUCUAUGACUGCUGGAGAUCCACGGGGCACCGAGUCGACGCAUGAAGCUGCAGCUACCAAGGAGGCCGCCAGCUUGACAUCAAGCACUGAGGUGCAGACACAGCCUGCACAGCCCAGGUUGGCAGCUUCUGCUGAGUGUGGCAACGAGUGCUCUCAAGACGCUGCAGGGCCUUCUAACACGGACAAAGAUGGCUUAGCAGAGAGCGCCACUGCCAAGCAGGAGACAAAGGGCGGCACAACAUACGAACGUAUCAGCAGUGGUGUCUUUCAAUUUGGAGGCCAGCUGCAGAGGACUGGUGGGAUGAUGGCCAAAUAUUCCAGCAACCUGUGGACGAGCAUGGUCAACAAAAGGCCACCAGGGAGCACAGAUGCACAAAGCACUGGAGAAAAGGAGGUUCCUCUUCUCAAUGCAGGGGAGCAAUCAAUGUGUACAGAUGCCUCAGUUGCGGACAUCGAGAAUCUUGAAACUGGUGAUGAGAUGGAGCCAGCAGAGGAGGAAGGGGUGUUUGAUGGGCGGAAGGCACAAGGAAUGGAAGACCAGAACUGUUCGGCUUCGUCUGGAUCCAUCGCUGACAUGCAAUGGAGGCGGCUGCUGUAUCCCGCUGGCCGGAUACUGCAUCUGGUCCCAGCUUACAUUCUGGAUGCCGAUAGUGAGCGUGAUGCAGACCGUGAACUGCUGGACAGUAAUGUCCUGAGGGAAAUGGAAGCGUGCCUGAUGGAUGGAAGCAUCGACAGUGGGAAUGUGAAAACAAUGGAAGCAAAGGCCAAUGGAGCAAAUGCACCUUCCAGUCAACGAGGGGACUUGGGAGGCAGCGAAGAAGAUCAGUGCGAGCUGCCAGUAUCAACGCACAUGACAGGAUUAGACAAGGACAGCAAGGACGACGAGGGCAGUGUUGCAGAAGAGUGCGAUGGAGGCGAUCAUGGGGAGGCAGGAAAGGCGCCGCUGCAGGAAACGCAGGAGGGAGGGUGCGGGGAGCACGUGUUGUUCCUUGACGUUCCUCAAGAGCCGUAUGGCAAAAUGAGGAUGUGCAGGUCCAUGGUGAUGGACCACUUUGUGCCCAGGUACCUGGCAGCCUUGGAAUCCAUGAUUGAGGCUUUGCAAAGGGCUUCUGGCGAUAGUUGA